CUGAUUGACCAAACGUGUGCGGUGUGAUUGCAGCCCGAAACCAUUUGUGUGCUGCUUAGUAGCUUAUUAUCACAAGACAAUCAAUCAGCUAAUUGACCCGGGAUCUCAGAAAACGAGCCGGUUGCCAUAGGUUCAAGUUAGACGUUACGCAACGUGACAUUGACAGAGUGAGAUCCAGCAGAUAAAACAAGCUAGCUUAGCUAGUAGCUAGCUCGGUGGGCUGAAUCAAACAACUUCAGGUGUCUCGCCGGUGAGAAGGAAAGAGCUCGGCCGAAGAGGACUGUGUAACUCAAGGUGUCUGUGUGUUUGAUAGUUUCUCAGCUCCUUUUUCGACUUCUUGUCUACUUCAAAUGGCUUUGGUAACCGCGCUGAGGAGACUGGCUCCCUGUAGCAUAAGAGAGUACUCCAGGAGGACGGCGGCAGUAACUUCGGGUGCCUGGCUGACGGGUCGCAGGAGUUUGACCGCCGGCACACAGUCUCUGAGGUCAGACCAUAAGGUGACAAUCCACUUCAUCAACAGAGACGGGGAGAAGAUCACGGCGAAGGGGUCACCCGGAGACUCUCUGCUAGAUGUGGUCAUUAAUGAAGACCUCGACUUUGAUGGCUUCGGAGCAUGUGAGGGAACAUUGGCGUGCUCCACAUGCCAUCUGAUCUUUGACGAGGAAGUCUACAAGAAUCUGGGGCCAGUCACAGACGAGGAGAUGGACAUGUUAGACUUGGCCUACGGCUUGACUGACACAUCUCGUCUGGGUUGUCAGAUCUGCCUGACGAAGUCUAUGGAGGGCAUGACGGCCAGGGUUCCAGACAGCGUAGCGGACAUCCGACAGAGCAAAGAUGGCUCUUCUUAACCGGGGACCUGUGGAUGCAGACAGUGUGGGGUUGUGUGAACAGGGACAACGGUGGGUAUAAAUCUGUCGGUACUGUUGCCGCAAUAUUGUUUCAGCAAAACAAAACUUUUAAGUCACAGACAUGUCAAGCCAGCUCUCAAUUACCAGGACAGAAGAAUACAGGACUUGGACUUUUUAUUUUUUUUAAUAGAAAGUAAAUCAUAUACAUCAUAUCUCUGCCUGUUAAUCUGCCCUGAAUUUAAGGUUUGUCCAUUUUAAUCACUGUCAGAAAAAUGUUUAUUUGUCCUUUUAUGGAUCACUUUAAAGCAACCAGCAAGAUUUCGGCUCAGACCACACAUUAACGCUCAGACUGUACACCUCCAGUUCGUGGCUGUACCUUCGACUAUCCUAAAGUAUCUUGUAACUAUGACUAAAUUUCCACACGUUCAUUUAAUUUUUGAAAUGUCUUCUCUUUGUGUGUAAAUUCAUUCACUGAAAUAGGGGAAGGAAAAGGUGCACAGCUGACUGCAGCCUGUGACUGAAAUGUUUGUGAACAGUUCUCGACGCCUUACGAGAUUGGGCUGAUGCUGACCCCUCCCCCAUUAUUUUAUUCUACACAUGUAUACCCUAUUAUUGGUUUGAUCAAAUCCUUCAUGUAACCAUAUAAUUCCAUCAUGUGAUUGUACAUAGCUAGAACACACUCAUAACUGUGUAUAGAGAGAAACAUAAUGUAAUAAAAAAACACCUUUCUAA